GAGCAGCAGCAGUCAUCACUGCCGAAGUUUCCGUACCGUACGUUCGGCGAUGUUAUUUAAAUCCCCGGGCUGGUAACGGGAAAUUCGUUCGUACUGGUAUGUGUACAGUUUUUGGCAGUUUUUCCGUUGAUUUAACGACGUCUACUUCCAUGGUCAUUCAUCGAGCACUGCAGGUUGUUAAAUCUGUAGCAGCCUUUGGUUUCAUGGAUUUGUCGUUAGACAGCAGUGAAUAUUGCCAGGCACAACACAAUACAUUGGAUGUGAAUGCAUACUAAAUCAUUUUAUUUGAAUAUUAUGCUUGCUCGUUGAACACGCAUUGAUCCUAAUCUAUCCUUAUUGUUGAAUCGUUUUCCUCGAUAAUUUAGUAUAAUUUGUUGGUCGUAAGAACAAAAACGCCGCUGUUAAUUUAUGGACUAAAGACUAGACUGUUUUUUGUCUUCAGUUUUCAGUUUGGACAUAGACAUCAUCUAAACAGUAAUUCAUCCUUGUAUAAUUUAAUUUUCCUGUUAUAUAUUAUAAAUCGGCUCAAUGAGCAACGAAACUAUAAUGCGUCAAAAAGACAUAAGACCACCACCCUGCGAGAUAGAUUAUAAAGGCAUGAGAUUUCUAAUCACCGAUAGACCUAAUGAUCAGAUAAUUCACAACUAUGUAGCUGAAUUAAAGAGGCAUAAUGUUAAACAUGUUGUGCGUGUUUGCGAACCAACAUACAAAAUAGAUGAAUUGAAAGCAGAAGGUAUUGUAGUGACUGACUUGGCAUAUGAUGAUGGCACAUCCCCUGCAAAUGAGUUGAUAGAAGAAUGGUUUGAAUUAUUACGAAAUCAAUUCCGUUCAGAUGAGGGCAGCUGUGUUGCUGUACAUUGUGUGGCUGGUUUGGGUCGUGCGCCUGUCUUAGUUGCUCUGGCAUUGAUAGAACUUGGGUUGAAAUAUGAAGAUGCUGUUCAAUUAAUCAGAGAGAAACGAAGAGGAGCUAUAAAUUCUAAACAACUGGCAUUUCUAGAAAAGUACCGUCCGAAAUCUAAACUGAAGAUGAAGAAUGGACAUAAGUCUACUUGUUGCAUCCAAUGAACACAUCCCCCAUAUCUCGGUCAUACUAAACUUAAACUAAUAACCAUUUUAUGCAUAGCACAAAUAUAAUAAUCACCAAAAACACUUAGAGAAACCCAUGAACACUAACAAUUGAAUAUGUAUUGCUGUUGCGAUAAAAGAUCUGAUAACCUUUCAUCUAGUAUAGUGCAAAAUAAUUAGCGUGUUUUAAAUAAGAUUUAAUCAAAUUGUUAAAACGUAAAUAAAUUUAAUUUGCUUUUCCCAAAAUUUCUUCAACUUUUGCUUUACAUCCUAAAUAAUAGGGCGUUUAGUAAUACACUAUUAAAGUAACUUAUUAUAACAAUAAUAAUAAUCAUUUUUUUUUUAUUUUUGUGAUAAAAUAAAACCUUAUACUGUCAAACAAUGCAUUUCUCAUAACCAAUGUCUUCUAAAAAAUAAUAUUCAAAUCAAAUUGAUAUCAAUAUACAACAACUCAUUUUAUACUUUGAUACUAUUUUGUUUAUUCCAUUGUGUACGAAAUAUAUUAUAAAAGUGCUUUCAAUCACUAAAUAAUAUAAACUUUAAACUUACGGUUAGUUCCAAAAAUAAUGGAGUAGAUGAUCUUGUCUGUAAUCGAACUUUGGAAGUGCAAUGAGUUCACUAACUUACCAAAAAGCAUACCAGUUAUGAUUAUUUAAUAAAUAUUAGCUAAUUCAAUUUUGAUUAUACUUGUAUAAUAUAAUAACUUAUUAUAAUAAAUUAUCGAUGCGCAUACAUUUCCCCCCGACUAUUAUUGUGCAUUGGAUUUUUUUUUUUAAUUUUAAGUAUUUUUGCGAACGUGUAGCAAUUUGUUUCCAAAAUAUAAACAAAUAUAUAUAUAUAUAUACAUAGAAA